AAAGAAGCGAGACAAAUGGGGGAAAAGGUAUGGAUUUCUGCAUCUGUUAGGGGUACAAAAUGACAACCAGAUGGUGAGGAGACUUAAUGACAUCUGGUUUGGAUCAUACAAGCUGCGAGUGAAAAUUGUAGAGGAGCGAAGCAAUGGGAGAGUACAGAAGGCAGAUACAGAAGGCAGAAAACAACACAAAGUAGACAGGUUGGUACAACUAGGACAGUCAUAUGCCCAGGCGGUGAAAGGGAAAGAACAGGAGUCGCAAAACUUGCUGAUUCGUGGAAGAACGAUAGAUAGGGACGAAAGGGCCAUUACUCAUUGGAAAAAGACACCAAUCCAAGCAAGACAACAAAAAAGGAAGGAGGAAGUGGCAUCCAGCGACACAGUAAAUAUCAAAAAAUGGAUGGUGGAGAAUUCGGACUUGGAAACACAGGAGGAAAUUAUGGAAUUUAUACCAGAGCAGAGUGAACUCCAGUGGCUUGAAGGGGGCAUGGUGGUUAUUAUCAAAUCUUUAACAAUAAUCAAUGAAAUUCAACAGAGAAUUGACGUAGAAGGCGGCCUGAUCACUCUAGCACCAUUAGGGGGCAGAAAGGUGCUGUUAACUGAAAAGGAACCGGGGUUCUUACUGGAAUUUAUGAAGCUCAAUAAAGAAGUGUUAGCUUUGUGGUUUGAAGACAUUCAAUCAUGGGAUAAGGAAGUACAGGAACGAAGCAGAAUGGUUUGGCUACGUAUCUCUGGUAUCCCUUUGAAAGCAUGGAGUGAUAGAUGCUUUAUGAUGAUCGGAGAAUCAGUCGGAGAGGUGAUCAAGAUCCACAAAGAUACAAAAAUGAAGUCCAUUUUAUGUGAUGGGAGAAUGUUAGUUAUAAGCCCUGUAGAUCAUAAGAUUUCUAAAAGAAUUACACUGAAGGUGGAAGAAAAGCUGUAUGAGAUACGAGUUGAUGAAGAAGAAUGGCGAUCCGACCCAGAUUGGUGGUUGUCGAAUGAUGAACGGCGGGGUGAGUCACUAACGGAGUCGGACCAGUCCUCGGAACAGUCUUCGGAGCAUUCUUUGGAGCAGAUAGAUGAGGAAGAUCAAGAUUGGAUAAACUUUGAAUUCUGUGACGAAGAAGACGUUGGCAUUGAUGAGGAGCAAUUAAUGAAGGAUGGACACAGGAAUUCAAAUUCAAAUUUCAUAAAUACAGAGGAAGAAAGGGAAAGGCGGCAUACAGAUGAAGGAAAUAAGGGUAGAGAGGAUGUGGGUAAUGGGUCGACUAAAGACAUUGGGCCGAAGACAACAAAAGAAAUUGGGUUAGGAGAAAUUGGAUUGAAAGUUGCAGAUGGCCUGGGAAGGGACCUUAGCCACGGACAGAAGAUGAGGAUUAAAAAGAAAGGGCCCGAGGAGACAAAGGAUGAGGGGACUUUACCGAAACCAGAUCUAGAUCUGAGGAGGAAAGAGAUAGGAAAAUUGGUGAGAGAAGAACGACCAGAUUUUCUAUUCCUGCAAGAGUCUAAGUUAGAAAGGGUGGAUGAUGAUUUGAGUAGAACAGUGUGGAAUUCGAGAGAGUGUGGCUGGGUAAUGAAGGAAUCGAUAGGAGCAUCAGGAGGCUUGUUGUGUUUUUGGAACAAAAAGAAUUUUGAUAAGACGGGAGAUCACACAGGUGAUGGAUAUCUGAGAAUAUCAGGGGAGUGGGGAAUUCAUAAGGUGAAGUGUAGCCUAGUGAAUGUGUAUGGCCCAAAUGAUAGACAGAAACGACUCAAGUUAUGGGAUGAGCUAAGGAAUAUGAUCACAGAAGAGGGAGGUCGAUGGUUGAUUGCGGGAGACUUUAAUGCUGUAAGAUGUCUUGAGGAAAGAAGGGGAAGAACAGGGGAGAGCCUAGAUAUGAGGGAGUUUGAUGCGUUUAUUCUAUCAGCAGGCUUAAUAGAUUUCAAAAUGGGCUUGAAACGGAACAUCUCAGAUCAUUGUGCAAUUGUGCUGAAAUCAAGAACAACUGACUGGGGACCAAAGCCAUUCAGAGUUUUGGAUGCAUGGUUACUCCAUCCAGAUUUCAAGAAGAUAAUCGAGGAGAAAUGGAAAGCAAUGGAGGUAGAUGGGUUUGCAGGGUACAAAUGCAAACAGAAGUUAAAGGGGUUAAAAGAGUUUUUAAAGGGAUGGAACCGAAAUGUAUUUGGAGACAUGGAAGCUCAAUAUGAACAGGCUCUUAAACAGAUUGAGCAGAUUGAUAUGAAGAAUGAGGAGCUUGAUCUGGAGGAAUUUGAAAUUCUGCAGAGACAAGAAGGAUUUCAGAAAAUGUCGGACAUAAUGAGGAAGAGAGAAGUGAUAUGGAAACAGAAGUCAAGAAGCAAUUGGGUUAAGAAGGAGGCAAUGAAUUAUUUUAGCAAGCUAUUUCAAGAAGACAAGUGGAAUAGACCAAAGCCGUAUGGGAUUAAUUUCAAGCAAAUUUUUACAGAGGAAAAUCAAUGGCUUGAGCGACCAUUCUCCACCGAAGAAAUUAAGAAAGCAUUACGAAGUUGUGAAGGCUCAAAAGCUCCGGGUCCAGACGGCCCGACGGAGGAGUUCAAGGUUGAAAAAGGAUUACGACAAGGUGAUCCGUUAUCUCCGUUUUUAUUCUUGAUGAUUGGGGAGGGGUUAAAUGGAUUGGUGCAAAAAGCAGUGACAGAGGGGCUGUUUCGAGGUGUAGAAAUUGGCAGGAAGGGGUUAGAGAGUUCUUUACUCCAAUUCGCAGAUGACACAAUUAUUAUGGGAAAAGCUGACACAGAGAAUGUAUUUAUGGUUAAAACAAUCUUGCGUUGGUUCGAACUAAUGUCUGGCCUACGAAUUAAUUUCAGUAAGAGCAGCAUAUAUGGAUACAAUGUGCCAGUAAGAUGGGUAGAAGGAUCAGCCGGCAUGCUACGGUGUGGUGUUGGGAAAUCUCCUUUCAUUUAUUUGGGACUGCCCGUGGAUGGAAAUUCUGGGAGAACGAAGUUAUGGGAGCCACUGAUAAACAAAUUCCAAGCCAAACUCACUGUCUGGAAAGCUGCUUCGCUAUCUUUUGGUGGCCGCCUCACUCUGCUCAACUCAGAGUGUAAGAUUAGUGAUAUGGGGGUAUGCGAGGGAGACAAAUGGCACUGGGAUAUGGAAUGGAGGAGAGAGAGGAUAGGGAGAGAAAAAGAUGAAGAGGAGAAAUUAAGGGAAGGAUUGGAGAGGCUACAAUUAAAGAAAAGAGUGGAAGAUAGAUGGAGGUGGACUCAUGAUUCGGAGGGCAGAUACGGGGUGAAGAAAGCUUACGAUUUUUUAGCCCCAACAGAGUGUGUCAUAGACGAGCAGUGGAGUAAGUUAAUUUGGUGCAAAUUAGUACCCUCGAAAGUGUCUUUCUUUGGGUGGAGAUUGUGCCUUGAUAGACUUCCAACUAAAUGGAAUCUUAGGAAGCGAGGAGUACCUUUGCAGGAAGAGGAAUUAAAAUGUGUUUUGUGUAAGGACAAGGUGGAGGAAGUCAACCACUUGUUUAGUAUGUGUAAGGAAGUAUGGAUCUUUUGGGUAGAAUUGCUGCAGUGGUGGGGCAUGGUGACUGUUAUGCCUAAUAACGCACUAAGUGUGGCAGACAUUUUUGUAAAUGAUUUGGGUAGGAUAAUAGGGAAGGAGAUGGGUGCUUGUAUCUUCCUUGUGGCUGCAUGGUAUUUAUGGUAUUGGAGAAACAAUGAGGUGUUUAACAAUGGAAGAAAGGAAGGGGUACAGCGUAAAGUUUGGAGAGGUACGUGGCUUUUCUCCUCAUUGAGAGCCAAAAUUAAGUACAAUGGUUCUAUGCAUGAUGAAGUCGCUACCCUGAAUAUGUAUAGGGCUUUUGAGAUGCUAAUUGCUCUGUAGCCUGUGGUGGAUGCUUUUAUUUUUGUCAUUCUAUCAUGCUAGCAGAUGUUUCUUUUGUGUAAUGGGUAGGAGUACCCCUUGUGCUCCAUUAUUAAUAAAUUCAUUUUGCUGAU